GUUACAGGCAGUUUUAUGACAGUUUCCAACAGAUGUGUUGGUUAGAAACUGUUGUGUCUAUUUGUAAUGGUUGUGUUGUUUAGUCCUCUAUUUAUAUGUAUGGGCACAUUGUUCUGGACAGCAGUUCCACAAUAAAAACACACUGUUUCUAUAAUUUAGAUCUGUCAUUAUUUCUCUCAGACUUGCCAUUGAUUAGGAAUGCUCCCUCCAUUUGCUGUACAAUCAGAAGAAAUAAGGGCAAUGUCCAAGCAUUGUACUGUUGGAAUUGAAACUCGAGUUUCAACUGAACGGAUUAUACUCCUUGAUGCUCAGCCUGUUUUUAGCCCUUCUCUUUUAGCUGAGAUGAUUAGGCCAGAUGGCUCGUCCACAAUCUCUGUGAUGACAGGCGAGUCCCUCUCCGCUGAGCUAGCUCAUGAACUGAUGAGUAUCCAGCUUGGCGUGUUUCUUGUGUCCAUUUGUCACAUUAUCAUAGUGGUAUCAGAAGGUGUUCAUGAUCUCAGCAUGUGGCAGUUAAUGUCUACGGUGGACCUGCUAAAACAUGGCAUACCAGACCCAUCAUCUCUAUCGCUCUCCCAUCCUCAAAGCUCUAGUUUUCCCUCUGAAAAAGAAGGCAAAGAUAAAACUGGAGAAGUGGCUGAAGAAUACAUGGCCUCUCCAGUUUUUGUGCAUACAAAGUUACGCAACGAGGAUCUUACUCCACAUAAUCUCACUCAGUUGAGGAAGGCAUUGUCACAGUUUUUCCUUGAUUCUUCCUUUGUGAGGUCCAAAGGCACUAAUAUUUCUGUGCAGGUUAACUCCCAAAGUAGCAAUUUAGACUCUCAUGUCCUGAAAUUAUUCCUACUUCCAUCAAAGCACCAGGACAAUUCCUCAAGAGCAUUGUAUGAAAGCUCCGUAUCAGCAUUGUGGAAACUUCGGGAUCAGGUUUUGUCAAUGAGUGGCUCAUCGUUCUCAAGGACAGUGUCCGAACGUGACUGGCUUAAAAACUCUGCCAAGAUAUGGGAUCUUGUUAAAGGUUCUUCUACGAUUUCAGACUACUGCAAAAUGCUCCAAAUGUCAGGCAUGUUCAGGAGGUAGUCAUAUUUGGUUUAGCUUAAACAGAUAUCAAAGUCAUUCAACUGAUGCCAGAAAUGGGAAGCUAUGAAUGCUCAAGGCAUUAUUGUUUCUGGGGCGUUUGGGAGUGGGGAAGGGAGGGAAACGUUGAUUGAUUGAAUUCUAAACAAAGCCUGAAUUUGUAU